UUGGCCUUUGGGGCCCACCACACCCUAAUUUACUGCUCUUUCUCCCUUCUCGCCCUGAAAUUUUCUUCUUCCCUUUCCUCCAAAUUAAAAAAAAAUGAAGCACACUAAACAUAUAUUCGUCUGCUUCUCCACUUUCUCACCAACCGAACACUCCUAAGAAACUUUAUAAACUACACAAUAUAUCAUUAAACCGGAACGUUCGGCGUCGGCGUCGGAGGAGGGCGAUGGGAGCGUCCCUAUCGAGCUUAACGGAAGGUACAAACGGCGCGGCAAACGGUCCAGGGUUAGGAGAUAUACCAGAAAGUUGUGUGGCUUGUGUAUUUACAUAUUUAACCCCGCCGGAAAUUUGCAAUUUAGCUCGAUUAAACAGAGCCUUUCGGGGCGCUGCUUCUUCUGAUUCCGUCUGGGACAAGAAAUUGCCACGUAAUUAUCAAGAUCUGCUUGAUUUUUUGCCUCCUGAGCGGUAUCAUAAUUUGUCUAAAAAAGACAUCUUUGCGCUUUUAUCUAGGCCUGUACCUUUUGACGAUGGAAAUAAGGAAGCGUGGUUAGAUAGGGUCACGGGAAGGAUAUGUAUGUCAAUUUCAGCUAAGGGGAUGGCAAUUACUGGCAUUGAGGAUCGGAGAUAUUGGAAUUGGGUUCCCACUGAAGAAUCUAGAUUCCAUGUUGUGGCCUAUUUGCAGCAAAUAUGGUGGUUCGAAGUAGAUGGGGUUGUAAAGUUUCCUUUUCCUGCUGAUAUCUAUACUCUGUCCUUCAGGCUUCACCUUGGAAGAUUCUCCAAGAGGUUGGGACGUCGUGUGAGCAGUUUUGAGCACACCCAUGGUUGGGAUAUAAAACCGGUGCGAUUUGAGUUGACUACUUCUGAUGGUCAGCAAGCAUUAUCUGAAUGUUGUUUAGAUGAGACUGAACAGGAUGAAGCAAAUGGCAACCACAAACGCGGAUGCUGGAUAGAGUACAAGGUGGGUGAAUUUGUUGUCACCAAUUCAGAACCUGCCACUGAGGUCAGAUUUUCCAUGAAACAGAUUGAUUGUACACAUUCCAAAGGAGGGCUUUGUGUAGAUUCAGUUUUUAUCAUACCCAGUGAUCUCAGAGAGCGUAAACGAAGAGGAGGAGUUCUGAAGUAGCCGGAAAAAUGAAGGUGAUGUUGUUUAGUAUUGUCAAUGAUCCCAGAGGUUUCUAGUUGGGUUUUUAUCAUACAGCUUAUACUUAUGUAGGUAUUUCAUGUUUUAGAGGAUAUCAUCAUAUUUUGUUUUUGAUUUAGGGUAUAAUGUGUCCUCCUCCAUCGUAAUCUAAUUUUGCUGCUGUAUUAGAUCCAGUUUUGUUUCAGUUUACACCUUCGCAGAUAGAAUUAGCAGAAAGAAAAAAAAUGCUUAAAUUUGUCUC